AAAGAUUCAUCAGAUGAAGAUAGUAGCAAUAGCUCCUUAUCAUCAGAUAGCAACGACGGAACUGCAAAGAAACGACAAGUCAAAGGUGAUAAAAGCACGACGGCAAAACUCAAUACUAAACAGAUCACACCAUCAAAAUCAGUGAAUGCUUCCCUCAACAAAAGUCAAGCCAAAGCCAGUUCAUCGGAUGACAGCAGUUCCUCAGAUGAGAAUGAUAAAGUGAAAUCACAGCAGAAAGUCACCGCAUCAAAACCAAUCAAAAAUGGUGAUCAGAAAUCAAGCAAUAAGAAGGCGAAUGCUAAAGAAAGCAGCUCAUCAUCGGAUGAUAGCUCGGACGAUAAUCAGCCCACAACGAAAAGCGCUCAAAAGGAACCGAAACAGGGGAUCGAUGCUAAGAAGUAA